CGCUAACAAACACCAUGGAGCUGAUAAAUAUAUUGAGGUAUCAUAUGGUUUAUAUUAUUCUCCAUCUUGUCGUACACCAUCUCGGCAUCGCAGCUUCACCGAGGUCCGAUCCGAAGAAGCCGAUCUCGUGCUCGCGUCUUCGUACCUUCCGAUCCGCGGACAAAGAAUAAAGUUGAGGCGCAGCUAUUUUGUGAAGUUCAUAAAAUGGCUCUACGAUGUCGAUAGACGGAUUAAUUCGUCCAGUCUUAAACAAAGAUCUACCCCGUCAACUGAUACAGCAACAAAGUCUACGUUCCCAAUUCUUACACUGCAAUGGCUAUGCUUUACUCUAUUCUCUCGGCUGAUGAGAUCAUCACCGCAAAGUCGAAUGUCGCUGAAUACAAUCGACUUACAUCCUUCUGGGAUGCGCAAAAUAACCUUAGCCCGCCUAUUGUGUGUGCCCCGAAAACUAUCCAGUCGCUCUCAGUGGCAUUGAAGUAUCUAUACUCUACGGAGCUAGAUAUUGGUAUUCGUGGGAAUGGCUAUCGGUCACCUCCAGUCAAGGAUGUCCUUGUGAGCCUCACUCACUUUGAUGACUUUGUAUUCAACGCGGACGAAGAAACCGUGACAGCUGGCGCAGGCCAGCAAUGGACCAGCGUUUUCGAGAAAAUUGACGAAGUAGCCCCAGAGUACACCGUGGUUGGCACACGCACGCCUAGCAUCAGCGUGGGUGGGAGUAUUGUAAGUGGCGGGUUCUCGUGGCUUUCCGGUGAAUAUGGCUGCAUCUCCGAUCCUCAAAAUUUACUUGACUGUCAAGUUGUAAAGUUUGACGGUUCUGUUGUAUGGGCUUCGGAAGAACCUGAUCUCCUUUGGGCUCUCCGUGGUGGUGGUCCUGGAUAUGGAGGUGAGCUUCCUAACUCAAAACACAACUCAGGGACUAACAAGGUUUUAGUUAUUGUAAAAGUGAUACUUCGCGCUCGCAAGAUUUCUCGUUCCAUAUUCUGCGGAACAAUCAUCAUACCAAAAUCAUCACUUUCUACCGCGGUGAAAGGGUUGGUUGCGUUCAUGGCGGCCCCAGUUGACCCGGGGGUAUCGGCAUUUAUGUUCCUUGAGCGGCCCAAGUUCAAUGCCAUGCACCUCGAUGGCGAUAUCGAAGGAGAUAUUGUCAUCUUUCAGAUCUUUGAUAGACAUGGCCAAGCACAUGGCAAGCAAACGUUUUCUUGGCUGCUUGAGCUACCAGGGGUCAUGGACAUGACAAUCGAGACUAAUAUGCUCGGCGUCAUAAAGCUGCAAGAUCGUGUUGAAAACCUCAAAGGUACAGCCCAACAGUACUCGUCACCCAUGAUUAUAGACGCCCUUUCAGAGCGACAGGUCAGCAAGUGCCUUGAUUGGUUCCAAGACCUUGGCGACAGUGACACAACUGUUGCCGAAAACACCUUUAUGAUUUUCGAGAUGUUUUGCACAACUGAAUCUCCCCAUAAGGGUAGCAUGGCUUGGCCGGGCCCCCGCGGAUGUAAGCAUAUGCUGGUGGUAGGCGUUGGAUGUGAACUACACGCAUCAGCAGGUGAGGUUGGACUAGCCGAGUGUUUGGCGGCAUCGGCGCCGCACCAGCUAAUGGGCGAUGCCCAUAUAACUUAUACCGCUCCAAAUGCUAUUGAGAAGUGGCAUAGCACAAAGGAGAUCUAUGGUGAACACUUCGAGAGGCUAGUUAGUCUGAGGAACAAGUACGACCCAGAAAGGCGCUUCAAAGGGACAAUUGGAUAUGAAAUGUAGAUCACUGGCCACCCUUAGUACCGAACUAGACUUAUUGGGCUCGAUCAAGUGCAGAUACGGCGACAAUAAUCAGGCUAUAAUGUUUAUCUAGCAUAAAUUAACAAGCGCGACCGUCAGAACUAAGACGCGAAUUCUCCCGAGAAUAUAGCCUUGCGACACUGAUUGCAUCUAUAUAACCGGUGAGACACAUUUUGUUACAUGUAAAUUAGUGAAUUAUUUAUUAUUUAAGAUUAUGAUAAACGUCGACCAGGUUAGGUUGAUACUAGAGAGUGUGUAGUUUGUUAGGCGCAGUUCUCUUAAUUUCGCUCCAGGUAAGUGACAGCCACUUAGAGGUCGUACUCUCCGAGGUUUACGUGUUGGAACUUUACAAUAAGAUCGUGAACGUGGCGCAUAUCGGUCUCAUCAAGGCUUCUGUUCCCUACGGAGACACUACGGCAGGUACUAGACUCCGAGAGACCUGCCUGAUCGCUCUCGAGCUGACGGCAAAAGACGAGUGCUAACCGCCAGUAUUCCUGCACGUGGCGCAUGAAACCAACACGCUUCCACGAGUCGUGGGGAUUGACGUGAUACUUGUCGUAGGCGCUAAGAAUCGUCUGGCGGUGCGCCCAUGCUUGGAUCCAGUGUCGCAAUCCGCGGUGCACCUGCUGGGUAUCAACAUUACCCAGCGACAAGUGCCGAAGGUGGAAUAUAAUCGCGUGUAAG